AUGGAAUGGAAAGAUUUUUGGAGAGAUGAGCCGCUCGAUCAAGAAGCCAUAGACGCAGGAACGGGCUAUUUUUGGCAGACCAGCAUGCCUUUUGAAGCAGCGUUGCAAGGGACAGAAAUAUGGGGAAGAGAGGUAGCGUAUCACCUCGACAAGCGACCAGGUGUGACGUCAGGGGGUGAAUUUGAACUCGAUAUUGCUGAUCUGAGGACAAGCCCUGGUUGCAAGCCCAGUAGGCUACCGUUCUCGAAUGAUGAUCCGUCUAUCAAGGUGACAUGUCCAUCCGCAGAGUGGCGGGAGUGGGAGAGGCACCGCCCUGCGUUGACAGGAGAACCAUCAUUCCCCUCCGAUAUGGCAUCUUCGUGUUUCAACCUUUGGCAGCAGGGAAAACAGACAGGUGAGACGUCGCUGAUUGGACAUGGCUCAAGGGAGACUCUGUUUGAAGUCUUUCUGCUGUGGAGGGGUCGCGAUUAG